AUGGUCCGUGUCUACAGUUAUAUUCUUCGAUGUGACUCGUGCGGCAACUACGGUCCCUUUGGCUGGCUGUAUCGUUGCUCCCAAGAUCAGGAGGAGAUCCUGCGCGAUUCUAUACUUAGCGGAGACGAGAGAAAGGUCACCUUUGAUGAUUUGGGAAAGCAGCUCGUCACAGUCGUCCAGCCGAGGGACCGCGGUCCUGAGAAACGGUCUGGAAACGCCGCCUGCUUUCUCGAGGAGAUGCCCGCAAGGGACAUCACCACCACCUACACUAGCGACCAGCUUCUCACCAUCUUCAACCAACGCAAACACCUUGGAGACAUUCUCCGUCGAGAGUCGUUCCGGAAGAAAUCGAACCCUACUGAAGAACACGACGGUGCUCGUCAGUGGAGUGCCUAUGACCUGGAUGAUAUACUGGGCCGCAACGUAUCGACACCCUGGGUUCCUAAUGCCAAAGACGAGUGUCAAUACAAGAUUUGCCCCUAUUGCCGUCCUGGUGGAGCGGAUCGAGCAUACAUUAGUCUAGAUGGUGUCGCAGAGGGUAGCAUUCCUGCUACGGCAGCCACCGGAUAUGGAUUCCAUCUAUUUCGUCAGAGACCCGUCUGCAGCUCCAGUCUGAUUGCAAAUUUAGGCCUACGAUCAGCUUCGGCGUCAACGGAGACCUCUGCGUCUGCUUCCUUCGGUACAUCGUCGGGCGCGAGCAAUAACGUUGUUGUCGACGAACGUCUGGCGAGCCAGCUGGCUUCACAGCUUAAUCUUCUCGGGAUGGCCCAUGACACAAGGCCUAUGUCACCCUACCCUCUCCUUCACGCCCAGUUGCCCCGAUCACCAGGCUCCCCAAACCUCGCCGCCCAGGCCGCAUUCCAUCAGGAGACGGGCGAGGGCGAGUCGUCCUGGCAGGAUACUACAGCCUCAACUGUGAGCCUGCCGGCUGCCGUAAAUGUCCAGCUUGGUGAAGAUUCCACAGAAAUGGAGGAGCACGAAAACGAAGAGGGCAAAUUUCUCGCACAGCCUCUAGAGGUUGCGCGCGGAGUGGCUGUCUUGGAGGAAAGCGUUGAGAGGCAUGCGCCGGAUCUUGUUACCCAGGUUUGA